UCUAGCUCCAGGUCCGCCAUGUUGCUUCCGGUUUCCACCGAGGUUGGUACCGGGUCUUUUAGCCCUACGUUCUUCCGGUAAAAGCCACACAGAAGCUGACGCCAGACACCAAGCUGUGAUUGCACGGUCCUCUCAUGUCUGAAAGCCUUAGGACAAUGGACACAUCUGAGGAAGAGGCGCAUCAAGCUCCCCUUGUCAGAAUGGAAGUCGUAUCCUCCAUUUUUUUUCCUUGUAUAUGAUAUUGAUGCCAAUCUACCUGUGGCUUUGAGGUAUCAGUCCAUCAUGGCAAUGAUGGCAGGUUGGAGUGGCUCCAUCAGUGGAGGUGAGAGUGUGAAGAGGAGCAGCUGUUCACACCAUGGCAGACCUGGAACCUGAGAGAGAAGUGGGAACCAGGGGCAGGGGUUGGUGUCAUUCGAGGAUGUCUCUGUGGACUUCACUUGGGAGGAGUGGCAGGACCUGGAUGAUGCUCAGAGGAAGCUCUACAGGGAUGUGAUGCUGGAGACCUACAGCAGCCUGCUGUCCUUGAAUCGGUGUGAUCCAAAACCUGAGUUGAUCCUGAAGUUAGAACAAGAAGCUGGGCCAUGGAAAGAAGAUGUCUCAAACCAGAGCCUCCCAGAUAUGCAGCAUGUGAAUGACCCGAAUGAGAUCAGCCAGGAUAAUCAAAAGAUGUGUGGAUGCAAUCUGGUAAUUGCCAAGAGCAGCACAUCAGCUGAGCAGAGGGCUAAAGCAGGAAAACCAUUUACUAGCUCAAGCUGUAUUUUGAGGCUGGCUGUAAAGAAUGACGUGUCUUCUGGAAUGAGACCUGGGACACGUAAUAUGUGGGCUGAUGUGCUCCUCCCUAGUGAGCCCAGUGAGGUGCAGGUGGUAAAGGAACUUGACAUUCCGAUUGUGACCAGGGUGUCCCCCAGACUUCCUGAGCCUCUCAGUCUGUAUCACAGUCCUAAAUGUGAAGAACAGCACUUGCAGUGUCAUGGGCACAGUGAGGCUUUCCACACGAAGAGAGUGUGGCUACAGGACACAUUUCCUAUCAGAGAUCCCUCCAGUAAAUUGAGGAACUACAGGAAAGGAUUAGAAAAGUUAGCUCUUCCUGGUCUAGGGGGGACCCAGGUACAGGAGCAAACUUUUGAAUGUAAAAUGUGUGGGAAAUUGUUCUAUAGAAAUUCUCAUCUCACACAGCACUUAAAAACCCACAAAGAAAAGAAAUAUUUUAAAGGUAAUGAUUGUGGGCCAAUAUUCAGUAUACAAUCAAACCUCCUCAAACAUCAGAGUUUACAUGUGGGAGAAGAGCCUUAUACAUGUAAUGAAGAUGAGAAAUACAUUUGUCAGAAAUCAGAAAAGAGUGUGCAGCAGAGCAUCAUAGGGGAUGGGAGGAACGUGUAUGGGAAAACUGUUGAUUCAAAAUUAAAUCACAGUGUUCAACAGAACCCUCACAAGGCUGAGAAAUCCCAUGAAUACAGUAUAUCUGGAAAGACAAUUAGUAAGUCAGACCUCCAGCUUGAGCUAGCACACAGAUAUGAGAAAGCGUAUGAAUGUAAUACUUGUGGGAAAACCUUCAACCACACACCAGGUUUCUACUUGCAUCCGAGAGCUCACACAGCUGAGAAACCCUAUGAGUGUAAAGACUGUCAGCAGUCAAAACUCAUUGUGAAUCAGCAAACCCCCACGCAGGAAAAACGCUACGUGUGUAAUGUGUGUGGAAAAGCCUUUUACAAAAGAGCCCACUUACAUGCGCAUCAGAGGACUCACACAGGUGAGAAGCCUUAUGACUGUAAGGAAUGUGGGAAAUCUUUCAGGCUGAAGUCAUUUCUGGUUGUACAUCAGAGAAUUCACACGGGUGAAAAGCCCUUUGCGUGUACCACAUGUGGGAAAAGUUUCAAGCAGAGGACAAGUCUCUACACGCACAUAAGAAUUCAUACAGGUGAGAAACCCUAUGAAUGUAAAGAAUGUAGAAAAUCUUUUAUUCUUAAGUCAUACCUCACUGUACAUCAGAGAACUCAUUCGGGUGAGAAACCCUAUGAGUGUGAUGUAUGUGGAAAAUCCUUUAAGCAAAAUUCCCACCUUCAUGCGCAUAAGAGAACUCACACAAAUGAGAAACCCUAUGAGUGUAUAGUGUGUGGCAAAAGUUACAAGCAGAGCCCAAGCCUCUAUACACAUAAGAAAAUCCAUACAAGCGAGAAGCCCUAUGAAUGUAAACAGUGUAGGAAGUCAUUUAGUUUGAAGUUUCAUCUCACCAGACAUCAGAGGACGCACUCGGGUGAGAAUCACUACCAGUGAAAUGUGUGUGAUGAGCCUUUAAGUCGAGUUCACAGCUGUGUGCAUCAGAGAGCUGACCCGGAGAGACCCUGUGAAUGGAAGAACGCAGAACAGCCACCACUAGUCAUCCCGCGUUUCUCGGGAGCUCUCCUGCGGAGAAACUCCACCCGUGUUGUGUGUGUGGAAAGGCCUGCCAGAUGUCAAGCUGGUACACGUAUCAGAGAAUUCACGCAGGUGACAGACUUUUAUAAUUAAGAAGAAAAUAUUCCAGCCAAAGAUAGAUCAGAGAACUCACAAACGUGAGAAAUCUUAAGAGCAUAUAAAUGUAAAAAAUAUCUCAACCAUAGAUAUAAUUCACUGUGCAGUAAAACACAUAUAAAUGGAUGAAACGUUGAAAAACCUUUCUCUAGAUAUCAUAUCUCAUCAGUCAUUAGGUAAUUUAUGCCCUAUAAGGAAACCCUAUGAAUGUAGAAAAUCCUUCAACCAUAGGUCAUUCUUUACUGCAUACCAAAGAAGACACAUGGGGACACCUCCAUGAAUUGUUUAUGUGCAGAAAACAGGUACUCAAGACAAACGUCCGUGUCCACCUGAAAACUCAAAACUGAGAAACUCUGACUCUAAAUACUGUAGGAAAUAUUUCAGCCAUAAGCUAUCUGUUGCCGUACAUGAAAGAAGUCACAUAGGUGAGUAACCCUAAACACAUAGGUGAGUAUAAUGGAAGCAGGGAACCCUUUAAGAGAUGUCAGGUCUCUUUGCAUUAAAGAACUUGCACUGCUGAGGAACCCCAAGACUAUCUACAGGGAAAUGCCUUUUCCAGUAGGCAGUCCGCUCUACAUCAGUGACUGGCUGGAAGCACAUGAGUAAUGUGUGUGGGAAACCCUCUUACUGGAUGUCAGCAGAUGUAAUCACUGUGUAUCUGGAAGAUCCACAUCUCUAAGUCAGACCUCAGGAAGCAUUAGAAUUAUCACAGAGACACUGUAAAGCAGAUAAUAAUGUGGGCAGUGUUUCCAAGAAGUGGCUCAGCAGGAUUCAUCCCACAGAGUCCUUAAGUUUAGGAAGCAGAGUCCCAUGGGCUCCCCAAGAUUUAUUUUCUUUGCUGCACUCAUAAGCCUGUGCUUUACAGUCCAUUUCUGUUUGUGAGACGUCGUGCUAAGCUCUUUAGUGGAAUGUAAAUACACAUGUUCUACUUAUUUCUAUCCCACUAUCCCCAAAAUCUUACAACAAACUCCACCUGGGUGCCCAUCCAUAGUUGACCUGAAGUGCACAUAACCUCUAGCAUGUUUGGGAGCCAUGUGGAGAAGAGCACUGUGGCUCAGGAAUGCUGUUUGUCCUGAGAGCUGUGAUCCUCCUGCCUGUUUCUUCCAUCUCUCUAGUGUAUGGAAGGGAGAUCUGCACAAUCUGUAAUAGGGCAGGCCCACAGCCUUUAGUUUUCUCUAGGAGGUGAGUGAGACAAAUAAUCUUUUUAGAAAGUUAUCAGGAGAGAGAUCCUUGUUGUCACUCUUCAUUUUCAUGCUGCUUUGUGGGGAGAAGAAAUCCUGAUAAAAUUCCCAUAAAUACCGAGUGUUUCUGGUAGGGAUCUCCACUAAACAGAUCAUGGUAUGAACUUUUUUUUUAUGUGAAACCUCUCAACAAAAAUUCCGUCAGGUUUCAAAAAUCCUGACCAGGGAAAAUUAUCACUAUGGAAUCUGUACAUUAAUUUUUUAAUGGUAAAUCUCAUAUUCCAGUUUUUCAAAAUCUGUGUGCCAGGAGAUGAAUAUUGGUAAUGCUGCCUAUCAGCAGGCAUCAGUCUCUGUCUGGGGUCAUUUGUGAUGUUAUAAUCAGAGUUUGGGAGAGGCCAGUGGCACAUGCAGGGGUAUAGCUGACCAGCCUGCAGUGUGUUGGGUAGUACACUCGUGUAUGUAUGGUGCAUGGAUAUGAGUGCAUGGAUAUCAAUCGUGGUCCAUGAUGAGACUUAGCAGAAGGGACUUUCCAUGGCUUUAUGUUACAAUGAACAUUGAUAUUUCCUACAUUUGAUGCCCAUCUGGCCUCUUUAUAUCUUCCUAGCCUCAGACAUUGUAUUAUAUACCUUCUUAAUCUUGUGUCAUCUAAAUGUGUAUGACAGUUAUUACUGGCUCAAGUAAAUAAAGGUUAUUCUUUUCCUAA